AUGCCUUUCGAUCCUGGAGAUGACAGGAGGCCGGUCACCCAGGAUGAGGAGCACUACUGGCAGUCCAUCCGCCAGCUGCAUGAGCAGGAUGACGAGAACCUCGAUGCAGAGUACCUAAACACUGCCAAAUACUAUAUGGCACGCCUGACAGAAUUAAACUUGGAGAAAACGGAGCUUGAGCGACGUGCGCUCGAAGUUCAUCGCGCCAUCACACGGGAACAUAGGCACCUGGAAGAGUUGAAUGAAAGGUUCCAAAAUACCAGGAUGGAGAUGAAGAUUCAGCGCGAGAAUCACCACAUUCAGUUGGCCGUCUGGUUCAAUGAGCAACGCCGCAAAGAAAACGAUGAACGCGUCAGCAUCGCAGCUGCAGCUCUCGCCGCCCCGCGCCGCGAUUCAGGGCUCGUCGAACCAUCACAUCCAAGCAAGGCCCCCGGCGUCGGACCCAACGGCAUCAACGUCAAUGGAGAGCAUCGGAAUGGUGCUGCGGUAACAAUCCCCAGUCAUGUCAGACCCAAUCAACCUGCAUUGACCAUGAUCGUCGAUGCAUUGGGCCGUACCGUGGGACCGGUAAAUCGCCUUGCGUCGAGCAACAGAGUCGUCACAUAUCUGUCUAGCUUGCCCCAAAAAAGACCCGUCCAGCUCCGUGACGGCCUCACAUUCAGCCACAAUGACAUGAGGGCAAUUGGAGAAGUGGAGGACAAGUGGAAGGGCGCCAUCAUUCAGGCAACAGGCCUUGUCCGGAAACAAUCACAGCAAUGCACUCAAUGUGCCAGCGGCGGAGGCCCGUUUGCUCAAUGCGUCGGUCUGGACAUGCCUGAAUUCCAGGCAUGUGGUAAUUGCGCUUGGCAGAGUUCAAAUUGUUGUGAUCUAUCGUCAGUGGGCCAAAUGCCGCCUGCGAGGGGAUUCAAGGCGCUCAACGCCCAAGAUGUACACAUCGAACGAGCCGUCAACGGUAGCUAUGCUAACGGUGCUGCGACUCCGAUCGUCCCUAGUCGGCCUGGCUCACGAGACAAGAGCUUCGCUGAGGGCUCAACAGCUACUGAUGAGAUGGAGGAGGGCAUGGCUCCAAUCACCAAGGCGAACCUCUUGUUGAAGCACGAUGGACAAGUCUUCACGCAUCCGGAGUGCAUGGCCGGGGUGCCCGUCAACAAAAUCGAUCAGACGCACGAGUACUGGGACUCAACUUGGCCAGACAUCGUGCCCAUGAUCGAGCCGACAUUGCAGUCAUGGCGAGACAAGCUGCAAACCGCUCUGGAAAAGGGACAGACGAGCAUGAAGUUCCAGCUGGGAAGACAGGUGAAUCGAGGAGAGACCAUCCUGAAGUUCUUGCAGGACGCAGACUUUUGCCCUUAUCAGCUGGUGGGAAAGAAGUACAUGAUGACCCGACUCGUGUCUUACGACACCAUUUUCCGUCUGGCCGAUACUCUGCGAACCUUGGAAGGCUUCAAGACGCUUGACAUCACUCCACUGGAGUGGUUGCGCCAACGUCUGCAGGAACUCAUCAUCUCGGAUGGAUCUGAGUUCAAUCUGGCCAAGACGAUUCACGACUUUUACCACGAUACAAAAUACGUAGCCCUGAGGCUCGCCAACGGUAAAAAGAGCAUUGGAAGACCGUCGGGAAUGAAGAUGACGCCAAAGGACUCACCCAACUCGGCCAGGGGCACCCCAAACACCAAGAAGCGCAAGCUCUUCAUCAGCGAAGAAUUUCCUAUCGCAUCUCAGCGUCCACUUGCCCCGACACCGACGCCACAGCCCCAACCCCAGCCGCAGCCUCAACUCCAGCUACAAACCCAAUUUCCGCCCAGUCAACCUCAAUUUCGGGAAAGCGAGACGCCGCUGAGUGCGCCGCCGACGCCCGAGUUUGCCAGGCAAUCCAAGAAACUUAGGACGGCACGAAUUUCUGGCAAGUUCAAGGAUCAAGAUCUCUACUACGACGGCUUCACCGAUAUCGAUGACUACAGCGGCGAUGACGUCGGCCAGCAUGAUUGGGCAUUGAACCGGAUCAAGUGCCGGCUGAACAGCGUUAGCACUGGUGUGACACAGUACUGGCACUGGAUCCCCGAUAAUGGCGAGCAGAUAUUUGAGCACCAAGUUCUAGCGGAAGGAGACACUUUUACAUGGGGCAUCUACGCCAAGCCGGUGAAUUUCCACUUGGAAUUGGAACAUAUUCAGGAGGUUAGAUGGGCCACCGACACAGCCAAGGUCAUUGUGGUGUGUAAGGAGGGCGUUGUGGUUUCGCCUGAUGGCGAGCCUCGAGGCGACCUCUUGGCGGAGUUCAAGCGGGACCGCACCAAGAGGCGCUUCUUGGUCUUUUGCCGCAAGAAGGGGAUCGAAUUGGUCAAGGUUGAGGCGGACGUCAUACAAGACGCAUGGGACGAGUACGAGUCGCCAGAUGUCCCGGCGCUACCGGAUUCUGAAAUUGAAUAG